AAAAACAGAAAAAUAGAUUCUCUGGCAGUUGAGAUGAAUUUGUUUCCGUUUCUGGACGCUCUCUCACUGCUUCGUUCCAUAUUAAUCUCUCACCGUUAUCUCGUCUUUAAGAGAAAGGGAAAGUUUUGAUGAAGGAGGGGUCACGGCUAGAGAAGAUUGUGAGUUUGAGAUUUGUUGCUGAAGCAAAACACACCUCACAAGAGCCUUAGCAAACCAAAAAAUGGUGGAGACGCGUGCUCAGCAUCGCAGGCGAACAUGGGAUGGGGUAGAAUCUAAUCAGGAUGUCUUUCGUGACAUCUUAUCUCGACUCUCAGUCAGGUCUAUCUGUUCAAUGAAAAAGGUUAACAAAUACUGGCAUCGCUCAGUUAGUGGCAAAUAUUUUGCUACCAAACAGUUUGCUCAAUCGAGAAAGAAGCCCUCAUACAUAGCAUGUCCUAGCGUAAACAAGGCUCUGAAGCUGUAUUUGUUGAAGCCGGGGAAGUUCAGCUUUCGACACCACGCUACUGUCGAUCCUUCAGGAAAAAUCGCUGAUCAAUGCAUGCACAUGAUAUCAUCGUUCAAUGGAUUGGUAUGCUGCAUCAACCAAGUUUCUGAUGAAGAUGAAGACGAUUAUCAAAACCAUCAGAUAUGGAUCUGUAACCCUUCUACUGAAGAGACUCUGCUUCUUCCCCAAGGCAGACCCUCGUUUUUGGCAGAACCAAGUAUUGGAGUAGCAUAUGGUCCGGAUAUUAGUGAGUACAAGAUUUUCCGCAUAUUCUCUGUUGGAGAGAAAAAUGAUGGAGAAGAGGAUUUGCUCUUAGAAUGUGAGGUGUAUUCUUCUAGCUCUGGUGCGUGGAGGAGCAUUGGCACUGUGCUUCAUCUUCCAAUGUAUGUUGGUUUAAGUCCACACAGAUCCGAUCAUGUCUUUGCAGGAGGGAAGAUCUACUGGCUGGUUUCUUUGGAAGAUCCUGGUAUAAUCCUCUCUGUGGACAUGGAAGAGAGGUUCGGAGUUAUAGAGCUGCCUCACUAUCCGACAUAUCUGCGUGAAGAAGACAGGAUAACAGUUGCCACACAUCUGAUAAACCUGGGAGGAUCUUUGUCACUUGUAGUUCUACAUGCGGAUUACUUUGACGUAUGGGUGUGGAAAGAUGCUAGUUGGGUACUUGAAACAGAAUAUGAUUUUCCAUUUGAGGGAGAUGAAAUUGUGUUAUCCAUAACCUCAUCAUCAGAGAAUGAGAUCCUGUGGGUGACUGAGUCGCACUUGUGGACUUAUCAUUUGGAUACUAGGAAGUGGAAUAAAAGGGGCAGGCCUCCUACUCGAUUUAAGAAUCCUGCUGUGUUCCCCUUCACCGAAAGCCUUCUUCCAUGCACUGGAGGAGUGAGGCUACACGGAAGGUGAAGACUGAAGAGGAGUAUUUAUCAUCUCUGGCUUGUUGGUUGUGAUGGACAAAGUCUUUGCUUUGAUUUAUCUUGCAGAGGCUUUUCUGUUUCUCAUUUGGUUUAAGGUUUCUGGUUUGCAUCUCAGGUCCUUAUCUUUCGUUUCUGAACUUUGUGUUAUUCAGUUUGUUUCGGUUUGUAAGCCUUUAU